CGGAGUGAUACCAGUGAGCCCGCACGCAGAGACCAGACUCCAUUACUGUCCCGAGUGCGUUUCCCGUCGCGUCGGGCCGACUGUCGCACCGCGCAUCCUCGAGGCGAACCAGGAGACCUCGCGACCCACCGCGCGCCCGCACCUGCCCCAGAGGAGCCGCUCGCAGCCCGUCGACCCGCCGGCAGCUCCUUCUCGUCGCCGAGAGCGCCGUCGUCCUCGUGCCCGGCCCGGCUCCGACCCGCUGCCCCUCGGCGACUCGCGAUUCGCCGACCCUCGCCACCGACCGCGCGGCUCCGCUAGCCCAGCUCCGAGAUGGCUGACCAACUCACGGAGGAACAAAUCGCAGAAUUCAAGGAGGCGUUCUCGCUGUUCGACAAGGACGGCGAUGGCACCAUCACCACCAAAGAAUUGGGCACGGUCAUGCGUUCUCUCGGACAGAAUCCCACGGAAGCUGAGCUCCAGGAUAUGAUUAACGAAGUCGAUGCCGAUGGUAACGGAACAAUCGACUUCCCUGAAUUCCUGACCAUGAUGGCGCGUAAAAUGAAGGACACCGACAGCGAGGAAGAGAUCAGGGAGGCUUUUAGGGUGUUUGAUAAGGAUGGAAACGGCUUCAUAUCCGCGGCGGAGCUCAGACACGUAAUGACAAAUCUUGGCGAAAAGCUCACCGACGAGGAAGUCGAUGAAAUGAUCCGGGAGGCGGACAUCGAUGGAGACGGUCAGGUUAAUUACGAAGAAUUCGUCACAAUGAUGACAUCAAAGUGAAUGUAACCUAUGCACUGGGAAAACUCGCGACUAGGAGUGGUGUUGACGUACUAAACAAGAAAAUACUAAAACGAUCCAACAAAAGUGAAAAACCUUGUACCAGGAUGUAAAGAAGUCUUUAACGCGAGAGGUCAACGUCCCGUUCGACACGCAUUAAUCAUCGUUAACGAUAAGUAAUAAGGGCAAUUAAUGAUUUAAUUAAAGUUAAAGAGUAUACCACCAGCCGUCAUCUCUUGACACUUACACUUGCCGUGUGCGUACAUACACACGGGCAUGCGCAACAUACAUACACGACAUUCGCGUCAUCGGUAAGUGAGCAUCUUGGUUCUUUUCUUUUGUUACAUUUACGUUUCUUUUCUUUUCGUCGAUCGUCUCUCGAGAAAAGAAGAAGGUGUUAUAUACACAGGAACCACUCGCUGAUCAAAACUGCAUUUCCGCUUUCUACACUUUUUCUCUCUUUGUCUCUUUCCCCCGUCUCGAUGCCUUUCUCCGUCUCUCUUUCUCUCACCGAACCUCGGGUGAUAGUAAAUUGCAAGGAAGCCACGGUCGAUCUACGCUAGCGAGAGAAAGAGGUGCACGGGGUAGGAAGGGUACCAGGAAAAAAAAAAAAUUAGUUCGGUAGAUGUUCUCUGAGACUCUUUGAAUAAAGUUUGAUGCACUUUUUCAAUUAGGAAUUAAUUACAAGAUGGUUGCUAAAGCGUCGUUCAAUAAUGGAUUGUAAUCGUAUUUGCGAUAACUCAUCAAAUUUUGUUCAAAGCCCGGUGUACAUUUUUUUAAAGGAUUAUAUGUGUAUCAAAUUAAAUUAGGAUUACUCCCUCUUGUUAUCGUCACCACCGAUGUUAUCUACGUACCGAGCAUUGCGUUCCUCUUCUUAUUUAUAAUGCUUCGAUGAUAUGCAUAUUAUACUUUAACUAAAAGGAUUCGUUUCAAAAGUCUCUUUUAUAGGAAUGACCGUUACUCGUGGUAGAAAAUUGUUACGUGAAUUAUCAAUUUCUCCCGACGUGACGGGAGCAUCUCUCGAUGUCUCACAAUAGUGACUUAAAGAAGUGUGUAGUGACUUGUGAUUUAAUUUAUAUAAGUAACGCGCAAGAAAAUCUGUAAAAAAAAUUGUAGCAGAAUACCACGAAGCCUUGAAGAGAUGAAACCUCCUUUGUCUCGACCGGUGCAUCUCUCCGUUACGUUUGUAUCUUUGUGGGUAUAUCUUCUACUUUAAUUGCUACGUACGAGUACGACUAAGUUUGUCGUUAAACGAAGGGAAACGUCUAGAUCUAAAGUCCUCGACAUUCCUACUUAAGAACUUUCGAGCUCCGAUGUCACUCCACCUGUUCGCGUGCGAUACACAAGAUGCCGUCUGCCUCCUUUUUCUUUUCCCACCCAAAUAUAUCCUGCCUUCCAAGGAAAAUCAUGUAUUCGUAAACGUCGACACCACUUUUCUUGAACCACGAAGAAAGAAGGACGGAUACGAAGAAUCGAUCGGUGCACUUUCUGGGGUGCGUGCCAGUUCGAUGCAAGAGUUACGAGAACUGGCGUUGUGACGUGCGUUAGUACGAUGUUACUUAAAAGCUUAAGAGCAAGCAGGACACCGAACGAUACAACAUCGAACGUGUCGGUGGUUCAGUCAUAAUAUAUAUGUAAUAUAUAUUAUAUAUAAUUAAAUUAAAACAAAAAAA